AUGACUAUCCGUCAGUUGAAACUCAAUGCAAACCUCAAGCAUAUAGACCUCACUGAAGGGCAACAGUUUAAACCAGAAUUUUUGAAAAUGAGUCCUUUGCAUACCGUUCCCGUACUCAACGACAAUGGGCUCGUAAUAUGGGAAAGUCGGGCUAUCAUACAAUACUUGUGCAACCAAUAUGCACCGGACAGUGGGCUAUAUCCUAGCUGUGCUAAAAAGCGGGCACUGGUCGACUUUUAUAUUAAUAUCGACUUUUGUCUGGAUGAUAUGACCAAAUUCAAGGAAGUCCUACAAGUAUUGGAUCAAUUGAUCGGCGAUAAGGCAUACCUAACGGGCAAUGAGUUGACAAUCGCCGACCUGUCCUUAUUGGCCACACUGUCUACAUAA